AUGUCAACCUCCACAGCAGCAGACCGUGCCAAGGCACUUGAAAGGAAGAAUGAAGGAAAUGUUUUUGUAAAAGAAAAGCAUUUUUUAAAGGCCAUUGAAAAAUAUACAGAGGCAAUCGAUUUAGAUCCUACACAGUCUAUUUAUUUUUCAAACAGAGCAUUUGCUCACUUUAAGGUAGAUAACUUUCAAAGCGCUUUGAAUGAUUGUGAUGAAGCCAUUAAAUUGGAUCCUAAAAAUAUCAAAGCUUAUCAUAGACGUGCGUUAUCUUGUAUGGCUCUGUUAGAAUUUAAGAAGGCUAAGAAAGAUUUGAAUGUGCUUUUAAAGGCGAAGCCUAACGACCCGGCUGCUACUAAGGCAUUGCUUACAUGUGAUAGGUUUAUUAGAGAAGAAAGAUUCAGAAAAGCUAUUGGAGGUGGAGAAAAUGAAACUAGGGUCAGUUUGUGUCAAACUUUGAACUUGAGUUCAUUUGACGCUAAUGCAGAUUUAGCCAACUAUGAAGGUCCAAUGUUAGAAUUCGAACAGUUAUAUGAUGAUAAGAAUACCUUUAAAGGUGCAAAGAUCAAGAAUAUGUCUCAAGGGUUUAUUUCCAAAAUGGUUAACGAUCUUUUCCUAAAGGCAAAAUUUCUACCAAAAAAGUAUGUCGCAGCUAUUAUCUCUCAUGCUGAUACCUUAUUUCGUCAAGAGCCUUCUAUGGUAGAGUUAGAGAAUAACUCUACCCCUGAUGUUAAAAUAACAGUAUGUGGUGAUACACAUGGCCAAUUUUACGAUGUUUUGAAUCUAUUUCGAAAGUUUGGUAAAGUAAGUCCCAAGCACACCUACCUAUUCAACGGUGAUUUUGUCGACCGUGGUUCCUGGUCGUGCGAAGUGGCAUUACUAUUUUACUGUUUGAAAAUACUAUAUCCAAAGAAUUUUUUUUUGAACAGAGGUAAUCAUGAGAGUGAUAAUAUGAACAAAAUCUAUGGGUUUGAAGAUGAAUGUAAAUACAAAUAUUCACAAAGGAUAUUUAAUAUGUUCUCACAAAGUUUUGAGAGUCUGCCAUUGGCUACGUUAAUCAAUAAUGAUUACCUCGUAAUGCAUGGUGGUUUACCAAGUGAUGCUUCAGCAACUUUAUCCGAUUUCAAGAAUAUUAAUAGAUUCGCUCAACCACCUAGGGAUGGUGCCUUUAUGGAACUCUUAUGGGCGGAUCCGCAAGAAGUAAACGGGAUGGGUCCUUCCCAGCGUGGUUUAGGACAUGCUUUUGGGCCCGACAUUACAGAAAAAUUCCUAAAAAACAACAAGUUGCGUAAGAUUUUUAGAUCUCAUGAGCUAAGAAUGGGCGGUGUACAAUUCGAGCAGAAAGGUAAUUUGAUGACAGUUUUUAGUGCUCCAAACUAUUGUGAUAGUCAAGGUAAUCUUGGAGGUGUUAUUCAUGUCGUUCCAGGCAAUGGUGUUUUACAGGCUGGCAGGAAUGAUGAUGAGAAUCUAAUAAUUGAGACAUUUGAAGCUGUUGAGCACCCAGAUAUAAAACCAAUGGCUUAUUCUAAUGGUGGUUUUGGUUUAUAA